AAUUAUAUAGCUAUGUAAAGUGCAUCUUUUCGUUGUGUUUAUGGAUGUGUAUUUACACUCCUUAAUAUUUGACUCACACAUUAUUUUUAAAAGUGUAUGUAUUAUGGAUUACAGAUAUACCUGGUCUACAACAAUAUAAGUAUUGUUAUUAAUAUAAAUUAAUAUACCUAACUAACUUCCCUGCAGUAGAUUUUAUUACAAUUCCAAAGGUCUGGCGUGACGAUGGAGCCGGAAGUGUCCAACGAUCCUGAGGCAGGUGACGGAGGCGAAGACAGCGAACCAUUCGAUCCAUUCGCUAGUCGUAAAGGAAGACAUCUCACAACGGAUUUCGAGACACUGACACACAUCCUUAAGGCAUCUAUAGGCACUGGUAUUUUGGGCAUGCCAAUGGCUUUCAAAAAUGUUGGCUUGACCAUGGGUGUCCUCGCGACCAUCGUCGUCGGCGUGGUCUGCGCCCACACAUCAAAUAUUUUGGUGGAGAGUGCCCAUGUUUUGUACCACAAACUGGGGGUGUCUUCACUCACGUAUCCAGAUGUGGGGGAAAAUGCUUUCCUACAUGGUCCACAGUGGGCCAAGAAAUACUCUCAAGCAGCUCGAUCCACGAUAAUUAUUGGCCUAUUUUUCACUUAUUUUGGAACGUGUAGUGUAUACACUGUCAUAAUUGCAUACAACUUUCAGCAGGUGAUCGAGCACUACAGCAAGGCGGAAAUGGAUCCCCGAGUGUACAUUGCGGCUCUGUUCAUCCCUCUGGUGAUCCUCUGCGGGAUCCCGAAUCUCAAGCUACUGGCUCCAGUGUCUCUAGUCGCCAACGUCUUCAUGGGAGUGGCGCUGCUCAUCACGGGUUACUAUUUGGUCACCAACAUCCCUCCUAUCUCGGAGAGAUACCAAUUUCUACCCAUCACUGGCAUGCCAGUUUAUCUGGGCAUCACAAUUUUUGCGGUUCAGGCGAUUGGAGUGGUGAUGCCUCUUGAAAACAAUAUGAAAACACCGAAGAGCUUGCUGGGCUUGACUGGGAUAUUAAGCACCGGUACAGCUGGCAUUGCACUGGUGUACAUCCUGAUUGGCUUCCUUGGCUACCUCAGAUAUGGAGAUGAAGUAGAGGGGAGCAUAACACUAAACCUACCCGGGAAAGAUGUAAAAGCUCAGGUCGUAAAAGUAUUUAUUGGACUUGGUAUCUUCCUGACUUACGGACUUCAGUUCUUUGUCACACUGGAGAUUGCAUGGGUAGGUAUAAAGGACAAGUUCCCCAAUAACCAGAUAAUCGCCGAAUACAUUUUGAGGACAAUUCUUGUUGUGAUAACAGUGGUUUUAGCCGUGGCUGUGCCAACCAUUGGACCAUUCAUGGGUCUUGUCGGAGCUGUCUGUUUCUCGCUGGUGGGCAUCAUUGUCCCACCCGUCAUAGAAGUUGUCACCUUCUGGGACGAAGGCUUGGGAUAUGCCUACUACAGGAUAUGGAAGAACAGUAUCAUCAUUAUUUUUGGAGCUAUUGCUAUGUUAUCUGGUUCUUACGUGAACAUUCUUGAUAUAAUAGAUAUGUAUAAUAAACUAUAAAUAGAUUCUAAAAUGAAUAAUAAAGUAAUAUGAACUUA